AUGUCAUCAUUUCUAUAUACAGUUACAUCAUUUUUUAUUUUAGAUAGCAGUAAAGGUGAAAGAGUGAUAGCAAAAUAUUAUAAUAACGAUUUUGAUACACUUCAAAAACAAAAAGCAUUUGAAAAGAAAGUAUUUGAUAAAACAAGUAAAGUCAAUUUUGGUGGUGAAAUCACUCUUUUAGAUAAUUAUUUAGUUGUAUACAAAUCAUUUUCAAAUAUUAUAAUCUAUAUGGUUGGUGACCAAAAUCAAAAUGAAAUUGCACUUCUAUAUGUUUUAAAUUCAUUUAUAGAUACAUUACAAAACUUAUUCGAAAAUAGUCAAAUUAAUAAGAAAUUAAUUUUAGAUGGUAUCAAUUAUACACUUUUAACAUUAGAUGAAAUUAUUGAUGGUGGAAUUAUUAUGGAAAGUGACUCUGCAGUUAUUGCAGAUAGAGUUGGUAUUAAAGCACCAGAUAAUGAUGAUUUGGAUGAAAGUAUUAAUAAAGCAGUAACUUCUGUUAAAGAACAACUUUUCAACUUUUUAAAAUAA